AUGCACGCCAAUCUCGAAACCGUUGUUCUUGCUCCUCCCUAUGAUAUGGUAGACCUCUUCAAGUCUGUCCCUUCGCCUGAUGUCAAUGUCUACAACAGAUCCGUCUGUGAAGUAACUAAGCAACGACUGGAAGCUAUUACCAAUCAACAAUGGGAAUCUGAUCAAGAAAACGCCUUUUUUGUUGGCGAUUUAGGUGAAGUUUUCCGUCAACAUUUGCGUUGGAAAUCUUUACUUCCUAGAAUAGAACCCUUUUUUGCCGUCAAGUGUAAUCCAGAUCCAAUGAUUCUCAAGUUGUUAGCCUCCUUGGGUUGUGGUUUUGAUUGUGCUUCUAAACAAGAAAUUCAACAAGUCUUGGACGUUGGUGUUGAAUCCAAUCGUAUCGUUUACGCUAAUCCAUGCAAACAAGCUUCCUUUGUUCGUUACGCUGCCCAACAAAAUGUCAGUCGCAUGACAUUUGAUAAUGCUGAAGAACUCCACAAGAUUAAAAAGUUUUAUCCUGACGCUGAACUCAUCUUGCGUAUCUUGACCGACGACUCUCAAUCUCUCUGUCAAUUGGGUCUUAAAUUUGGGGCUCCUUUGCAUACGGUUCAACACUUGUUGGAAACAGCUCAACAGUUAGACUUGAACAUUAUUGGUGUUAGUUUCCAUGUCGGUAGUGGUUGUCUUGAUGAAAACGCUUUCUGUGAUGCUGUCAUCAGUGCAAGAAAUGUCUUUGACCAAGCAGCAGCCAUGGGUUUCAAUUUCACACUUCUUGACGUCGGAGGUGGUUUCCCUGGUGCUGACGUGAAGAAUGGCAUCACUUUUGAAAAGGUAGCUGCUGUCUUGGGUCCCGUGGUCGAUCGUUUGUUCCCUGCUGAUAUUCGCGUCAUUGCCGAACCCGGUCGUUAUUACGUUGCAUCUGCUUUUACUAUCUGCACUAAUAUUAUCGGUAGAAGAUCUGUUACUUUGCCUCCUGCUGUUGAAGAGGAGAUUGAAAAGGAAACUCCCGAGCAAUACAUGUACUAUGUCAAUGAUGGUAUGUACGGUUCUUUUAAUUGCAUCAUUUUCGAUCAUCAGAUCGUGGAACCCAAGGUGUUGAUGAAGAAUGAGGUCUUUACGUUUGGCCAAGAUGUGUGCGAACCUAAUUUCGAAAGUAGUGUCUGGGGACCUACUUGUGAUUCCAUUGAUUGUUUAAACAAGUCUACUCGUUUGCCCAAGCUCGAACCCGGAGACUGGCUCUAUUAUGAGAACAUGGGCGCUUACACUGUUUGUGCUGCCUCUCAAUUCAAUGGAUUUAAAAAGUCUGAGGUUGUUUAUACCAACACUUUUUGCUAA